AGGAACCAGCGUGAGGGCGAACCUGCGCUGAAAUCUGGCCGCGGGGAAGCCAGCACCUUGGAUUCCUUACUAGGCAAACGCACCAGUGAACUGCUUAAUAAAUUUGCUUCUGAUCUGAAGGAUGCGUGGGACUCGGAAAAUAACGCCGAUGCUGGUGCUGGGGAGUUCUCGCUGGGACCUGUGCUGGAGAAGAAAGAUCGAGCUGAUUUACACAGUGCUGUUAGGCAGAAAUUCCCCUUUCUAGUCACUGUUACAAAAGACAAUGAAAUGAUUGUGAAAGGAAAUGCUGAUUAUAGGGAACUUUGUCGCUUAGUGACUGAAAAGGAAACAAGUGAUUUCUUUAAAUUUUUAGAUUCAAAGCUAGAAAAUUCUACGUUUUCUUUUGAACCUGAUGGAAACAAAGAGCACAGAAAAGUAGUUCACCACUUUAUCAAUAGAAAAUUUGGAAAACUUUUAGAAACAAAGUCUUUUACUGUGGCAGAUGUCAAUGAUCAGCCAAAUAUGUCAAUAAUGGUACGGUUUCGAGAAAAAAGCUGGUCGAGAAAAAGGUCUGCCAGUGGUUUAAAGGAAAAACAAGAUAUUUAUACAGCUUUCACCCUUCAGAAAGAAAAUCUAGAAACUCUGGAAGCAAUCGGGAUCUUGGCUGCCGAACUUGGUGUUCUUCCUUCAGACUUCAGUUACACUGGCAUCAAAGACAAGAAGGCUAUUACUUACCAGCCUAUGGUCGUGAGGAAGGUGACUCCUGAGAGGUUGAAAGAAAUUGGAAGCAAAAUGGAAAAAAAGGGCAUGAGGAUACACAACAUACAUCCAGCAUGCCAGCACCUUAGACUUGGUCAGCUUAAAGGCAAUCACUUUGAUAUAAUUGUGAGAGAUCUCAAACCCCACAGUCAUGACACUUCUGCAGAUUUGAAAGAGAGAAUAUCUGAAGCAAUGGAAAAUGUUAAGACAAAAGGUUUUGUAAAUUACUAUGGACCUCAGCGAUUUGGACAAGGACAGAGUGUUCAAACAGAUCAAAUAGGAUUGGCCUUACUGAAUGAAAAAAUGGUGAAAGCUGUGAAGUUAUUCUUCACACCUGAAGACACUGAUGACCCUGUAAACAACGCAAAAAGAUACUUUCUUCAAACUGAAGAUGCAAAGGGCACACUGGUAAUGCUGCCAGAAUUUAAGGUGAGAGAGAAGAUGCUGCUCCGAGCUUUAAAUCGCUACGGCGUAAGCGCGGCAGGCUGUGCCAAGGGCUGGCUCAGCAUCCCCCACGCCAUGCGCGUCUUCUACGUCCACGCCUACUGCAGCAAGGUCUGGAACGAAGCAGCUUCCUACAGGCUGGAGGUUUACGGUUCAAAAGUUGUUGAGGGUGAUCUCGUCUUCCCGGAAGAAAAUGAUGAAAGAGCUUCUCUGAAUGACAAGGAUUAUGUAGUUACUGCUCCAGAAGAGUCAGCGAACAAAUACUCUCUAAACCAAGUGGUUCUUCCGAUGGUGGGACAUAGUAUCAAGUAUCCCAGUAAUAAAGUUGGGCAAUGGUACCACGAAAGGCUUUCUAAGGAUGAGCUGCAGAUGUGCAAAUUCAGAGUGGCUCCAUUACAGCUGAAUAUACCUGGAUGUUAUAGACCCCUUUUGAAAAAUGUUCAGAAUCUGUCGUAUUUUUUGGAAGGUAUUGAAAAAGGAAUCGAAAUUGAAGACAACCAUCUGAAUGAAUCAAAAGUGUCUCUUCAUGUAUCAUUUGACCUUGAUCCUUCAUGUUAUGCUACAGUCUGUCUGAGAGAAAUAAUGAAAUGUGACUUUUAA